GCAUGGAUCGCGUCACGUUCGCGGUGAACGGCGUCAAGUGUUCCGUGGGUUCAGAGUUAGACUCGGAUGUCUCCCUGAACGACUAUGUGCGCGAAUACCUCAACCUGCGCGGGACCAAGUACAUGUGCAAGGAGGGCGGCUGCGGCGCAUGCGUCGUCGCCGUGACUGCGCCGGACCACGAUGGCCAUAACAGGACAUUCUCUGUUAAUUCCUGCUUAGUCUCGAUAACAUCAUGCCAAGACUGGGAAGUGACCACGGUCGAGGGUAUUGGCAACAGGGGGCGCGGCUACCACCCGGUACAGAAGACGCUGGCGGAAUACAACGGGACCCAGUGCGGGUACUGUAGCCCAGGGUGGGUCAUGAGCAUGUACAGCUUACUAGAAUCGAACCCCGAAGGGUUAACACAGGAUCAAAUAGAAAAUUCCUUUGGAAGUAACACGUGCAGAUGCACAGGCUAUAGGCCUAUCCUAGAUGCGUUCAAAAGCUUUGCCAAAGAUGCGCCAAAGCCUAAUCUAAAUGACAUUGAAGACUUAACUCCCUGUAAAAAUAAAUGUUGUAAAGAUGAAUGUGACAAAAACUGGUGUUUCGUCAAUAAACCCGAUCCAGCUGGAUAUAAGAAGAUCUUUCUGAAGGAUGGCCGAGUGUGGUACAGAGUUACAGAAGUUAAAGAUAUUUUUACAAUACUGAACGACGAAGGACAUGAGUCGUACAUGCUUGUAGCUGGAAAUACAUCAAGAGGAGCAGUGCCAAUAUUUGCCUUUCCUAGGGUGUUGAUAGACAUCAGUCCCAUACAGGAAAUUAAGGGAUACUACAUUGACCAAAACCUCGUCGUUGGAGCAGGCACAACCUUGUCAGAUCUGAUGGAAAUUUUCGACCACAUAUCUAAAACAAAUAUGGAUUUUGCGUAUUUGCAAAAACUCUACGAACAUUUAGAUUUAGUGGCUCAUAUUCCAGUCAGAAAUAUCGGAACCAUUGCAGGCAAUUUGAUGACCAAACAUAGAGACCCAAGGUUUUCGUCAGACAUCUUCCUUCUGUUUGAAACAAUUGGAGCUUUGUUAACCAUAGUUCACCAAAAUGGUGCGAUUGAGGUGACUCCAGAAUACUUCCUAGGCCUCGAUAUGACUGGACGCGUUAUAACACACGUCAAAAUACCACCAUUCUCAGAAAAUUAUCAUUUUACAUCUUUCAAGAUUAUGCCACGUGCUCAAAAUGCUCAUGCUCAAGUUAACGCCGCAUUUUUGUACAAAUUUGAUCACCAUGACAAAGAAACUGUACUCUCGGCAAGUAUUGUCAUGGGAGGCAUCUCAGCACACUUCACCCAUGCCAGGAAAACAGAACAAUAUCUCGUGAAAAAGAAAAUAUUUACCAAUGAAGUGUUACAAGAAGCACUCAAGAUAUUAGAAAAAGAAAUCAAAGCUGAAGAAAUACCAGGUGACUUGGAACCUGAGUACAGGAAAAAGUGUGCUCUUGGAUUAUUUUAUAAAGGUUUACUGAACAUCAUUCCACAAGACAGACUUAAGCCAAACUAUCGUUCCGGAGCUAGGGAUCUGAGAAAGACUAGACCUGUAUCAAAAGGAACGGAAGUAUAUGACACGAAUCCUUUUAUAUGGCCAAUCAAUGAGCCGAUGCCCAAGAUAGACGCACUCAUACAAUGCGCCGGUGAAGCGCACUAUGUCAACGAUCUUUCAACGCAACCCAGGGAAUUGUACUGUGCCUUUGUUACAUCAGAUAUUUGUAUUGGAGAAAUCGAAAGCAUCGAUCCUACACCAGCGUUGAAUCUACCCGGAGUAAUAGCCUUCUUUUCAGCGAAAGACAUUCCGGGCAACAACUCAUUCUUAUCCCAAAAUGUACCCAGUCUAUUUUUUCCUGAAGAAAUAUUUGCUGAUAAAACCGUCAAAUACUACGACCAAGCUGUAGGGUUGAUUGUUGCUGAAUCAGAAAAACUAGCAAACAGAGCUGCAUUGCUUGUAAGAAUCAAAUAUAAGGUUGAUAAGAGAAAAAUAUUACUAACAAUAAAAGAUGUAAGAGAAAAUGAUCCCAGUCGGAUUACCCUGCUUCUGGUAUUGCCUGCUAGAGAUAGAGGAACAAACGUGCAAAGAGUCAUAAAAGGAGGUGACGACAUUUUUGCUCAAUAUCAUUUUACGAUGGAAACUUUAUCCACUGUGACCAGACCCAGCGAAGACGGUAUUGAUGUUUUUAUUUCUUCGCAAUGGGCAGACCAAGCGCUGGUGGGUAUAUCUGAGGCGCUCAAAUUAGAACAAUGCAGAAUAAACUUGGAAAUACCUCGUUGUGGUGGUGCUUAUGGUGCCAAAAUCACCCGGGCGGCGCAUCCGGGGACUGCGUGUGCACUGGCUACUUACCUUUUACACAGACCUUGUCGCUUUGUGAUGAGCAUCCAAGCCAACAUGAGAAUAGUUGGCAAAAGAUUUCCCUGUACGUCAGAUUACGAGGUAGGAAUUGAUGAUUCAGGACGGAUACAGUACUUGGAAUAUCAUUUUUUCGAGGACAAUGGAUAUAUUUUCAGUGACUUGGUUAUUCCUCUAGCCAUAUCAGCUCUGAAGAACUGUUACGAUAACAGAAGAUGGCAAUACAAGAUUUUCAGUGUUACAACGGACACUGCUUCUAAUACAUUUGCAAGAGCUCCUGGUGAACUGGAAGCUAUAGCGAUGACAGAACACAUCAUGGAGAGAAUAUCUUAUGAACUCGAAAGAGACCCAGUAGAAGUUAGACUAAAUAACAUGAGCGCUGAAAAUGCUGACGUCAAAGAAGUAGUUCAGACACUCCUUGCAGACAGCGAGUACUACAAGCGCAAAGAAGAAGUCAAUGAGUUUAACAAGCUUAACCGGUGGAAGAAACGAGGAUUGAGAGUAGCAUUCUUGAGCUGGCCUGCACCUCUUUUGUUAGAUUAUCACAUUCUCUUAACGGUCUACCACGGAGAUGGCACUGUAGUUGUUUCACACGGUGGAGUUGAAAUAGGUCAAGGAAUCAACACUAAAGUAAUCCAGGUGGUGGCAUACACGCUAAAUAUUUCAAUAGAUAAAGUAAAGACCAAGCCAACUACAGUCGAAAAAAAUCCUAAUGGUUUUACUGUGGGUUCGAGUCGAACUACCCAAGCGUCAUGUUAUGGUGCUAUUAAAUGUUGCCAGCUACUUUUGGACCGUUUGUCGGUUGUUAGAGAGAGUUUGAAUAAUCCAACGUGGGAGGUGUUGAUAAAAGCUGCCUACGAUCAGGGAAUAAACUUGCAAACAAGUUAUCGUGUAACAUCCAACGAUCAGAAUACUUACAGAUCAGCAGGGGCAGCUUGCACUGAGGUUGAAUUGGAUAUUCUAACUGGGGAGCAUGACAUUAGACGAGUAGACAUAGUUGAGGACGUUGGUACGAGUGUUAACCCAGAAUUAGAUGUAGGACAGGUGGAAGGUGCUUUUACGAUGGGCCUGGGAUACUGGACACACGAACACCUGAUAUACGAUAAGAAAACAGGAGAACUGCUCACCGACCGUACUUGGUACUACCACGUGCCCCUUGCCAAAGAUAUACCCAUCGACUUUAGGGUAAAACUGCGGAGAAAUUCAUUCAAUCCCGUAGGGACUCUAGGAGCUAAAGCGGUGGCUGAGCCGCCGACAUGCCUUGCGGUCAGCGUGGCCUUCGCUCUUAGAGACGCCAUCGCCGCUUCGCGAGAAGAGACUGGCUAUCCAAGGAAGGAAUGGUUUGACGUAGAUGGCCCCUACACACUCGCAGUGAACGUGCUAAAAUCAGAUGUGCGUCUCGACGAAUUUCUGUAUUAUUAACAUUUUUAAGUUAUUAUUAUGCUUUGUUAUUAAAACACUAUUU